GAAGAAGAAGAGGAAGCAGCAGCAGCUCUGUCGCAUACAUAGAGAGACAUCAUGGCGGACGUUUUGGACCUUCAUGAAGCGGGAGGCGAGGACUUUCCUAUGGAUGAGGAUGGCGAUGAAAGCAUCCACAAGUUGAAAGAGAAAGCCAAGAAGAGGAAAGGCCGAGGCUUUGGCUCAGAGGAAGGAGCCAGGUCCAGAAUCAAAGAGGACUAUGACACCGUGGAGCAGGAUGGAGACGAACCAGGUCCUCAGAGAUCUGUGGAAGGCUGGAUCUUGUUUGUGACUGGUGUGCAGGAAGAGGCCACAGAGGAAGAUGUGUAUGACAAGUUUUCAGCGUAUGGAGAAAUUAAGAACCUGCAUCUCAACCUUGACCGCAGAACAGGAUACCUCAAGGGGUAUGCAUUGGUGGAGUAUGAGACAUACAAAGAGGCCCAGGCAGCCAUGGAAGGGCUCAACGGGCAGGACUUGAUGGGCCAGCCGAUUAGCGUUGACUGGGGAUUUGUCAGAGGCCCCCCCAAGAACAAAAGGAGGACUGGCGGACGGAGACGCAGCAGAAGCCCUGACAGGAGGCGCCGUUGAGUUUGAAAGUUAUCAGCCAGAUGAGGUGUCUGUCACCUGACAGGCAGUCUGUUAUAAUGUUCUUAUAGCGUAAUCUCAGAAUUUUUGUACAUUUUUUUUUUUUUUUUAGUAACAGCUGUGUGGUAUUUAGUUGUGAUUUCAAACAUUGUGAUAAGAAAUUUCUCAAACAGUGAUGAACAAGAAUUGACACCAGCAUAUGUGGUCUACUGCUUAUGCUGAAGUACAGUACAACAGAAGGAUAUCCACUCAGCUCGGACUGUAAAAUGUGAUGCAUUUUUACUUUCAAUACCAGCUUUAUGUGAUAAAUAUUCAUGGUUUCCUUAUUCCAUCAAAAUGUUGCUCAGUGUUACGUGCAUUUUAUUGUCUGGGAGUGUUUUGUUCUGUAUUACCUUGGGAAAAUUAAACUUUAUCAAAGGUAAA